AUGCAGAGGAACAAGCAGGUGGCGAUGGGCAGGAAGAAGUUCAACAUGGAUCCCAAGAAGGGCAUCCAGUUCCUGAUCGAAAAUGACCUGCUGAAGAACACCUGUGAGGAUAUUGCUCAGUUCCUGUACAAGGGAGAGGGCCUCAACAAGACGGCCAUCGGGGACUACCUGGGCGAGAGGGAUGAGUUCAACAUCCAAGUCCUGCAUGCCUUCGUGGAGCUGCACGAGUUCACUGACCUCAACCUCGUGCAGGCCCUGCGGCAGUUCCUGUGGAGCUUCCGGCUGCCCGGGGAGGCGCAGAAGAUCGACCGGAUGAUGGAGGCGUUUGCCCAGCGGUACUGCCAGUGCAACCCUGGCGUCUUCCAGUCCACAGACACCUGCUAUGUGCUGUCCUUUGCUAUCAUCAUGCUGAACACCAGCCUGCACAACCCCAACGUCAAAGACAAACCCACGGCAGAGCGCUUCAUCGCCAUGAACCGUGGCAUCAACGAUGGGGGGGACCUACCUGAGGAGCUGCUCCGGAAUCUCUAUGAGAGCAUCAAGAACGAACCCUUUAAAAUCCCAGAGGAUGAUGGCAAUGACCUGACCCACACGUUCUUCAACCCUGACCGGGAGGGCUGGCUCCUGAAGCUAGGAGGAGGCAGGGUGAAGACGUGGAAGCGGCGCUGGUUCAUCCUGACUGACAACUGCCUUUAUUACUUUGAGUACACAACGGAUAAAGAGCCCCGUGGCAUCAUCCCCCUGGAGAAUCUGAGCAUCCGUGAGGUGGAGGACUCCAAGAAGCCUAACUGCUUUGAGCUCUACAUCCCCGACAACAAGGACCAGGUGAUCAAGGCCUGCAAGACGGAGGCGGAUGGGCGGGUGGUGGAGGGGAACCACACGGUGUACCGCAUCUCAGCCCCCACGCCCGAGGAGAAGGAGGAGUGGAUCAAGUGCAUCAAGGCAGCCAUCAGCCGGGACCCUUUCUACGAGAUGCUGGCCGCCCGGAAGAAGAAGGUGUCCUCCACCAAGAGACAUUAA